UUUCAGACUUACUUGUAUAAUACAGAAUUUCAUUGAUUUACUCUGUAUCGAUGGCAAAACGUUUUGAACGUCAACUGGAUAAAGCCACCGAUUCGACACUUAUUGACCCAAACUGGGAUGCCAUUAUCGAAUGUGUUGACUUGAUACGUGGAGGAGAAGUACCUGUAAAAGCCGCCGUAGCCGCAAUUAGGAAGAGAUAUCAUAACGAAAAUCCGCAUGUGGCUCAUCAUGCUUUACUCGUUCUGGAAGCGUGCAUGAAGAACUGUGGUGUCAAGUUUCACGCUGAAAUUGCAACAAGGGAUUUCAUGGAAGAUUUGAAGAAUCUCUCACUAGAUACAACACCAGAUAAGGUUAAGAACAAAAUAUUGGAGUUGCUGCAAUGUUGGGCAUUGGCUUUCAAAAACAAACCAGAGUAUAAAAUUGUAGUCGACACCCAUAAUUUAAUGAAAUUAGCCGGUUUUGAUUUUCCGCAUGUUGCGGAAGCAGAUGCGAUGUUCAUUGCGGAAAGUGCACCGGAAUGGGCAGACGGAGAGGAAUGUUUUAGAUGUCGAACGGCAUUUGGGAUCAUUACACGUAAGCAUCACUGCCGUGCCUGUGGACAAAUAUUUUGCGAUAAAUGCAGCAGCAAACAGAGCUUCUUGCCUCAGUAUGGCAUCGAAAAGCAGGUAAGAGUUUGUGACGGGUGCUAUGAGAAGACAACAACAAAAAAGACCGAUGUCAGCUGCUCGCAAAAUUCAGUACCGCUAUCGUCCAAAACUGAUAAAUCUUUGUCCGUUGAUGCGAGGAAAACAGCUGAACAGCGGGAUCUUGAAUUAAAACAAGCUGAAGAAGAUGAAAUUAAUUUGGCGAUUGCACUGAGUCGGUCAGAAGCAGAGGCACAGGAACGUGAAAGACAACGUCGUCUUUAUGAAUUAUAUAAUGGUACAGAUAAUCUAAAUGAUGUUAAAACUAAUGGAACUGCUUAUGACGGAGAGCUGAAUAAAUCGGUUUAUAAAGGAGCAGCGCCCUCCAUCGGAAGUGACACACCUGUAUCGUCGAGUGUUGCUUAUGUAGAUCCAGAACUGGCGAGGUAUUUAAACCGAGAUUACUGGCAACAGAGAAAAAAUGAACAGCGGAAUGCGAUAACAACAGUAUUCACCAGUGACGACCAUCAAAAAGUACCAACACCAACUGCUCCACCACCAAGUGAAUCAUCGCGUUGUGCACCUAGUCAUGAUCGCGAUGGUGCUGUUUCACUUGCCGAACCUUCGUUUACUUCAACCACAAAGCAGCUGGAAAGUGAUACCGCUGCAGCAUCUCAUUUUAUUAAUACUGAGGAGGAAGAAACGGCAGAAACAAUGGAAUUUUGUCGGCAGCUGGUGGAACAAGUUACUGUCAUGGAUAAUCGAAUCCGUUCCAACAUUGCUCGAAAUCGUUCUGUUGUCAAUGACACAGCAAUACAGUCGUUGUUCAUACGCUUAACUGAGAUGCACGCCCAAGUAAUGGCACGCAUGAACAAGUUAGAGGAUCAGAGAAAUCAUUUUGAAUCUCUUCAAGAUAGUUUAGCUCAUAUCCAGGAAGCUAGACAAGCCAUAGAUGCUCUUAGGGAGGACCAUGAACGUCAAAAGCAAGCAAGAAUUAUGGAAGAACAACGUCUGAAACAAAUACAAAUGCAGCAGAAGGUAGACUUGAUGAGGCAGAAGAAGCAUGAGAUGAUAUUGCAUCAACGCCAAAUGGCGCUUUUACGUUUCCAACAACAGGAACGGGAAAUGCAAAUGAAAAGAAUGCAGAUGAUGGGACAGAGUAUUCAAAUGAAUCCUACUGGUCAACCUACGGAAAUACAUUAUAGUCAGAUGGUUACGGAGCCCAGUCAGGCUACCAUACAAGGAAACGGCGUUCCCUGUGGUUAUCCGCCGAAUGCAUAUGUGGGUCAGGCGCAGUUAAGUUACGGUAUGCCAAUGACAGUGACGGCACAGAAUUAUCCAUCUGGUGCACAUAUGAUGCAGGAUGGUGUCGCAGCUGCAACAAUUACGCAGAAUUCGAGCAUUGCAAACUAUGCACCAAUUCAGCCGUAUGUUGAUCAGGUUUCGCUAGAUAUGCAACAGCUACAAGAACAACAGCAGUUCUUCAAAUCAGAUGUAUCAACAUCAAAUUAUCAGUUGAAUGUCGUCCAGAAUUCAGCGCAACUUACAGCCAGUAAUACCCCAACUUACAGUGUAGCUUCCUUACAGUCAUCCAUUUCACGAACUUAUCCCGGAUAUCAGCAACUAUUGGAACCUGCUGUUACAAUUCCAGGUGGACAACAACAACAACAACAAUUUCAGGCUGCUGCAGCUAAUGUUGCAUUCCAAAAACUGGGUCCUGAGGAGCAGCAGAAGCCUAGUUUUGUACCACCAACCACAGUUUCAGCAGCUCUAAGCCAGCAUACUAAUCGGAUGAUGCAACCUUUUUCACCAUAUUCACUGUCAAAUGGAGUGAUGAUGGAGCAAUCCGCUCAAAACAUGCAUUAUUCAGUGCAAUCCCAAGCAAAUGAAGAAUCACAAUCGCAGCUUGCGGUGCAGCCCGCCGAAGAACUUCUUAUUUCGUUUGAUUGAAAGAAAUGAAUCCUUUGUUUCCAUAUUUUAGUCAUUCGACUUCGGUAACUUUCUGAAGAUUUGCGUAAAAACAAUCAAAUUCCAUAUAUAUGAUGGAAUUUACUGACGUAACAUUCUGAAAAGUGAUGUGAAUUCAGAAUGGUCUCUGGAUCUUCCAUUGUAUAAAUUUUCUUUUAUCUGUGAUAUCUGUCUGUACAAAUACGAAUUACUCACAAACUUUAGUGGCUAAUAUGAGUUUGGAUCACCUUUCAUGCAUCCUCUCCCGAACUCCUGGAGUUCUGUUAUCAUUUGAUGCAAUUGUCUCUACUUCGUUAACACAUUUAUUGUAUAAUAUACAUGCACUUCAUAAACAGAAAUUCUGCUAGUCCCUCACUGUUUGCUUGAA